AUGAAGUACUUCGUUGCAUUCCUGGCGCUCGUUGCUGUAGCCGCAGCAGUUAAUAACAAACCCAUCAACAACGAUUCUGCUCAAGUCGAAGCCAUCCUUGCUGCCAUCAACAGCCCACACACUGACCCGGCCACUGCAGCUCUUCUCCAAGCGCAAUUGAAGGAAAUCCUGGGUGCCCUCACCCCUGAAAUCGAUUUUGGACCCGCCAUUAUUGACGGUAAUGAAAACAUCAAUAUUGACCCCGCCAUCGUCCCAGAAGAAAUUGACACCAACCCAGCCAUCGUCCCAGAAGAAAUUGACACCAACCCAGCCGUCGUUCCCGAAGAAAUUGACACCAACCCCGCCCUCGUCCCAGAAAACAUCGUGGACCCCGCAGUUGUCCCUCCACCUGCUGCCGGUUCCGCUCUCGUUCAAGUUAUUGUGAACAUCAAGUCAUCCAAGCCAGCCAGCAAACCCCAACCCAUUGACAACAACCCCGCCAUUGUGCCAGAGGAGACCCCAGCUUCAGUGCCAGAGGACAUUGACAUUACCCCAGCUUUAGUGCCAGAAGAAAUCAACGUCAACAAGCCCGACAUCAAGCCCGAGAUCAAACCUCAGCCCGCUGACAUCAGCAAACCCACUCUCCCCAGCGACCCAGCUUUGGACCUCACUGACAACCUCAACUAA